AUGGAUCAUUAUUUAGGAGCUAGUCGAAUAGAAUAUGUUGUCUCUCGACUUGAUAGUGGUCCUUCAGCAUGUUUUUAUAAGAGAUAUCAAACAGCAGAACAAAUGUUUGAGGCUUUGAACAAACUUUUUGGCAACACAGAUCGAAAAGACGCCGCUGACAUCGCUUAUCGCCGUUUAUCUCAAAAGGAUAAUGAGUCUUUCCCACUAUUUUGGGAAACGUUUCAACGCCUGAGUGCGGUUCUCGAGAUGACCGAAGCGAUGAUGGUUCAGGGCUUGUGUGGGAAACUCAAUCUCAGAUUGCGGAAGGCUUUGAUAGAGGUUGAUCUUGAUGAUAUUGAAGAUUUGGGAAGGGUUUGCAGAAUUGAGGAUGGAAGGUUGCGAGCAAUGCAGGCUUUGAAGGAUCCCGAUGAACAAUAA